CAACCUAAAUAAUAUUUAUGUACUGUCUAGAAAUACCAAAUCUUAAGUGUUUUUUUUGUUUCUGCUUUUACUAAAAUGUUUCAGCUGUCACUAAAUUUCUAUUUUUCAGAGAAAAUGAAGACUGUUACAAGCUUCUGCACACUGGUAAGCUUUGGGAAAUGCUUAACACUGCCAUGUGGGACCAUAGGCAAAGAAACCCAGAAUGCCAAGGCAACUUUGGAUUUGAUCCUACAUCAUCACAGCAGUGGGGCUUUGGCUGGAGGGAAUGUGUAUACUGUUACCAAUGCCAGUACAAGUCCCCGCGCUUUAAGCUUUAUAAAGAAAUUAAAAGUAAAAAGCGGGGACCAAAAUCUGCAACAGUGAAUCGCGGCAUCACGGUAGCUAUGACACAAACACCUAUUGCAACCAGCAGUAUAAGGAAAAUUUGCCUCGGAGGCAACAUACCGGCUCCCUCUGCGAGUUGUUUACAAGAAAAUGCAAAUAAAGUAAACAACAUUGUAGUUAAUGAAAACCAAAAAGACAUGAAAAGAAUACGCAAUGAGCUACAAGAAAUAAAUAAGUACCGAAACAGGCCGGCAAAUAAAAUCAACAUCCAAGCCGAUGGGAUGUACAAUAACAAUUUAUAUGGUGGGGUGGGACGGACACCAUUUCAGCCAGCAACACAAGCUACUUAUACAAUUGCAGAGACAAUAACAAAAAAAAAGCAAAUAAUUGCUGCAGAAGCAGUGAAUAAAUUAUGUUCCAAGCAUGGAUUCCAUACAAGUUCUGAUGAUGCAUGUGACAUGAAAUGUGCACCCUGUCCUGCCACUGCUAGUAUUGAGACUACCAUAGGUGAUGAGCACAGAUGGGCAAGAAGCUGUCUAGAAGAUUUGCAUGAAGAUGGCCUUGAAGUCAGCUUCUUGACCACUGAUGCAGAUACUGGAGCCUAUCGGGCAGCAGUGGAUCUGUACAACGAAAAAAUCACGACUACAGAGCCAUGCCAUCAGUUCGAUACCAGGCAUCUUGCGGAAAAUCACAGAAAGCAAAUGCGUAACUGCCCAAGGAUUUUAAGCAUGAUGCCCGGGCAUGAUUCCGCAUACAGAAACUAUCUUCGCGGCAGGUUCUCUCUUGAUUUGAGCAAAAGAUGUACUGCAGAAUUUGACGCAUUUUUCUUAAGGGAGCACGGUGAUAUUACUAAAAUUAUUGACAAAAUGAAAUACUGUGUUAAUGCUAUCAAGCGGUGUUAUGCAGGGGACCACUGUGGCUGCAAAAUGCAUUCUUUAAACUGUAAAGGUCUACCAAACAAUAACUGGUUAUUAAACAGCCCAUUUCUCACUAAAAAUUUCAGAAUCAGUUUAACUAAGCCUGAAAACCAUGACACAAUGUUAGACUGGAUUGAAUUCCGCCUUGGUGAAGACAUGCUAAUGAAAACCAGACUGAAUUCUAACACACAAAAGGUGGAAGGUACAAAUAGAGCUAUUAAAAGAAGCCUACCCAAAAAUGUUACAUUCACUAGAAAUUUCCCAGGCAGACUAAACAGUGCUAUCCACUCAGUAAAUAAUGGACCAGGUCAAUCGGUUAUAAAACUCUGUCGGGCUGCGGACUGUCCAAUUCCAGAAAGCGGUCGUGUCGCUGCACAGCUACAAACUGAACAGCGAAAAGCUGAAACAAAACAAAGAAGGGAAAUGACUUUAAAUUUCAAGCACAAAAGGAGGGAAAGAAGGGCAAUAAUGUAUAAAUUACAUGAAAAAACCAGGGAAACAAAUAAGUACAUGAAAUCACAAUUACUUAAAGAUAGGAUGGCUCAGUUGACUAAAAGACGACGACAACUACAAAAUUUACAGAAACCUACCACCCCAGUGCCUAGUACCAGCGAUCACGAACAAUACACACGUCCGUUUCACGCCAAGCGGGUAACUAAACAAGGCGGAGCAUGCCGGCAUGGAAAAACCUGA